AUGCCAUAUACAAUCAUCGAAUUCAAUGUUGUGUCAAGGUGCAUUCCAUCGAGUCUUAUCUCAACCGACAUAGAACGUUAUAAAUUUCUUCAAAUAUCAUUUUUUAACAAAGCACUUUUUCAAUUGGCCAAUUUCAAUUAUUGUCUAUUCGUGAUCUCGUCUCAACUUAUCUUCAUUGUUCUCUCUUUUCAAAUUCUAGCUUAUUUCCAUUUUGUGACAAUACCUAUUUUGAAUAAGAAAGAAUUGUACACAUUAUGCGUUCCUUCGAUAUUCUACUGUUUCAGUACUGUGUUUUCUUUGCAAGCAUUGAUGAAGCUGAAUGUGGCCAUCUAUGUUGUGAUUAAACGGUGCACACCCGCCUUAACAUUUGUUUUGUCGGUGGUUAUUUUGAAAAAGCAAAGAUUGGAUCUAAAGAUCGGCUUAUGCGUACUUAUGAUGACCAUUGGAGCCGUCAUUACAUCAACUGGGGAUGUUUCUUAUCAUUUUCAGUCGUAUCUCGUUGGCAGUCUGAGUGUGAUAUUUCAUUCGCUGUAUUUACUCACUGUUCAACGAUUUAGUGAACAAAAAGAUUCAAAUGACGUGCUUUAUAUCAACAGUCUAUUAUCUUUACCGAUGAUUUCCAUUUUUAUGAUAAGUUUAUCAAAUGAAUUAUCUGGUAUACAGUCUUAUAAAGGUUAUCGGACAGUGCAUUUUUGGUUUUAUUUUAUCUUAUCAACAAUUGGUGGUGGAUUGUUGAACGGUGCAACAUUUUGGUGUACAAUCAAGAAUUCGGCAUUGACAACAAGAACCUUGAAUUUUAUCUGUAUUCCGACUGAUAAAUUACCCCAGACUGUGGUGAAUCUCUCGCGAUAUCUUUAUUUAUAUGUUUCAGAUGGUAUUAUCAUGAAUCUUGUUCAUUUAUUUAUUUCUAUUUAUUGUUUUCUCUGUUCUUUUGUUGCUUGUGAUCGGUCAUGUUCACGGGAACGCAGCCGACUCGUUCGUGAUUAUUUUACACAGGCACUUACUCCAAUCUUUGAAAGGAAUCGUAUGACUAUUCCAUAUGAAUGCAUAUUUUCUUCACGACGUGAUAUAUUUUAUGAACAAGAAUCGAAUAAAGUGAAAAUCUCUCAAGAUGAAUGGUUAUGUAAAUAUUGCAAUAAAACAUUUUAUUCCGAACGUCAUCUCGAUCUACAUUUGUCAACUCGACAUAAUGAUACACUAGUUCAGGACGAACAAUCAGUUUGUCUCGCUGAUCAUUGUCUGAUAUUUCGGUGUGAUGUGUUAAAACAAGCGAAAAUCUCGAUACGAUCUAUUAAUCCACUAGCACGUGGACCAGAUAUUCGUUUUAUCAAAUCUAAUAAGAUCAGCAAUGAGCAACAACUAACUAUCCUUAGAAGUCGAUGUGCAUCUAUCAUUAAUCAAUGUAUUCCACAUACAAUUCAUCAUGAUACAAGAAUUAAGAUACAACAUGAAAUGUAUGCAGAAGUUUGUGCUUAUUUAACUACCAACAAAUAUUUUGAAUUGCCUGACUAUUGCAAACCUUUGAUCAGUUUUACAACUGUGUUGGGCGCAGCAUUGCUGAUCUUCAUAUGUUUAGUCGGUAUUGGAAUCACUCGACGAUCGGAUUGGAAAUUUGAUGAAGAUGAAGACGAAUCAGAUAAACAUCUCUCUGAUGAAACUAUAUCCUCAGCUACAGCUCUUCUAUCGAAAACGCCAGCCAGCGGAAUAAUUCAUUGUUCGAAAAGUCCAGUUAAUACCGUACGCCAUCGUGUCCGCUUUCAAGCUGAAGACCAAGAUUAA